CCCCGAAAAGGGACCAAAACAAUACGCAUCACAAAGACUACAGCAAUUUUAGUGAACCGUACAGUGCGGGAAAACGGCCGCAGCUCAGUGUCGCAAUCUCCAGUUGCUUUGCGAAUAUAUACUAUAGUGAUCGAUUGAGAGAUGGUUUCGCCAGUGACAGUGGUAAAGAGCGAAGGCCCUAAACUGGUGCCCUUCUUCAAGUCUACCUGUGUCUACUUCGUCCUGUGGCUACCAACCUCAAGCCCUUCUUGGUUCAGCGCCCUCAUCAAGUGUCUACCCAUCUUCUGCCUGUGGCUCUUCAUGCUGGCCCACGGCUUCAGCUUUUUAGGUGCCCACUCCAGUGCUCGCAAGAUCCUGGCCGGUCUCAUCUUCUCUAGCCUGGGAGAUGCCUUUCUCAUCUGGCAGGAGGACGGCUACUUUAGCCACGGUUUGCUGAUGUUUGCCAUCUCCCACAUCCUCUACUCCUCGGCCUUCGGUAUGAAGCCCCUGAACCCGCUUGCCGGCCUGGUGAUUGGCGCCAUUUCGGCCGUGAGCUACGCCCUGCUCUACCCCUACCUCUCAGGCCCCUUCACCUACCUGGUGGGGGUCUAUAUCGCCCUGAUCGGCUUCAUGGGCUGGCGGGCUGUGGCCGGCCUCCAGUUGGCCAAUGACCUGUGGACCUGGACCAAGAUGUCGGCAUGUCUGGGCGCUGUACUCUUCAUGGUCUCCGACCUCACUAUUGCCGUUAACAAGUUCUGCUUCCCUGUGCCGCACUCACGCGCCGUUAUCAUGGCCACCUACUACGCCGCGCAGAUGCUGAUCGCGCUCUCCGCCGUCGAGUGCCAGGAUGUGGAGACGGCAAGGAAGAUGGCAUGAAGAGGAGAGAGCGAGGUCGCGUCACGUGAUCAAGAAGAUGUGAUAGGGGCAGCCAAUCCCCCUUGUUUUUGUCAUGGACAUAUUCCAGAGACAGUUACCCCCAAACCCCCUACUUUGGUUGUAGCGUGGCAUUCGCACACCCUUGUUACCAUGGAAACUAGUGUACUACCACCAGCCUGCCCCAUGGCUAGUGGGACAGUCAAAGACCCUAGUUACCAUGGAGACAAGUGCACUACUUUUAACCCUCAACUACUGCCCUACAGUUCUCGUAGAUACGUCCUAGUUACUAGAGAGUAGUGCACGACAACUCCCCCACCUCACUGCCUAGGAUGUUGGUACAGAUGACCAUACAGAUCACCAUGUCAAGGUUUGUGUGUGGGUGUGGGUGCGUGUGCGUGCGCGUGCGUAUUAGGUUAGAGGAUUCAUACUAUAUAACCUACAGAUGAGUGUGAUUUCUCAUGGCCUGCUACAAUAAUAGCACAUCUUCCUUCUGCCCCCCAGUCAUUGGCUGCCCUCUCCACCCCAUUUACAGUAUAAUGUGGUCCAAUAUUGCAAAUUCAAAUGGAUGUGUUUCCUGUGGCAUAUUGUCUUUGCAACUAUUUUAUCACCAUUAUUUAAUUUAUCUCUGAAAAGGGAGUUGUUAUAGUGAAUAAGUUUGCACAUCUCGACUUGUUAUGGGGGAGGUUGUGUCCCAUAACUGCUGUCUCUUCUCAUGUAUUUAGGUGCUGUUCUCAAAGUCUGGAGCACAUCCACCCUCCUUUUUUUUACUGAUUUUAGUCUCUUCACUUUCACUUAAGACAAACUGCCUUUUGUACUUCUGCUCGCCACACUCCUAUUAGAAUACAUCCUCUCUCCUGUGUCUAUGAGCCUAUGAAAAUUGCUGUGAAUGUCUACGCACACACACAGAGAGAGAGAGAAUUUGUGGACUUUUACCUAGCUAGCUGUUGCUAAAUCAUUUGUCCUGGGAUAUGAACAUUGGGUUGCUAUUGUAACUGAAAUCCAUAUGGUCCUUCUAUCUGCUGGAUCUUUGUAGAAUUUUGUACCCAUUUUGAGUCCCACAAAAUCGUGUGUUCUCUACUCCGACAAUGAAUCAAAAGGUAAAAGGGAAAACCUAGUAUGUUUUCUUUGAUUCAUCUCUCCUCAUUCAUUCCUCUUUGGAUUUUAUAUGACUGUUGACAACCGGCAUUAAGGCUCAUGACCUCCAUCAACUAGGCUGGAGUGUGGACCUGCUUCAUCUUUCAAUCACUCACGUGGGUUUGUAUGAUCCUAAAAACCAAGGCGGAGAUGGGAGAGGCAUGACUUGCCGCGCCAAAUAAAACCAAGUUCUAUUUUAGUGCCUGGCUAUGCAGAUGACGUGCGUGAGCAGUUUCGAUGAAAUUAUUGAAUAACAUGUAUGUCUACAUUUAUUUCUCUCAACACUUGCGCACGCAACGUGGCCGGUUUGGUCAGCAUGUGAGAGAGAUCAUUUGAGAGCGCCUGCUCUAGUAUUUUACCACAGUCAUACUGAUCACUCAAAAGGCUGGUCCCUAAGGGGAACAUUUUUCUUAGAUCUGUGUGUGUGUGUGUGUGUGUGUGUGUGUGUGUGUACGCUCUGUACCUGAGGCAUCUCACAGUGUUCCUUCUUUACUGUUUAUGUUACCCUGAACACGCACAAACACACACCACAUAUACACGCUUCCUUCAGGUCACACUUCAUACCCCCAGCUCCUGCUGGUUUGGUUAUUAGAAGAAGGCUGGUGGUGCCCUUAUUGCUGGAACAUUUUCAGCUACCAACUGUGUGCCUGUGGCCAUAUAAAGUGUUACGAAAAGGACAUGUUGGCUGAAGCCAGUCCUUGUUUUGUCUGCAGUGCUUGGGCCUUCAGAGAAGAACACAGCCCUAGGACACCCUGGUCCCUUAGGGUCCAAACACAGCCAAAAAAGAGAGAGAAGACUGGCCAAUGGUUUCAUUAGCACAAGGGAACAAUUAUACCACUCAAUCCCAAUUGGUUAUAUCCCCCUAAAUAGAUAUGCAGCUAUGACACUUAUCUGUCAUAGUAUCUGUUGCACCAGCUAUAGGGACAUCUUUGCUGAGUUAUUGUGCUGUCUGUUUGAAGCAUAUUGACUGAAAAAAUGUCAGUGUGUAUUUAAGACAUUUUAGAAAACAGAUACAUUGUUGCAUGUUAUUUGUGUGUGCGUGCGUGUAGGUGUGUGUCGAGCUCCCUCUAGGGCCGUGGCAGAAUUGCUGUGAACUAUCAUUUUGCUUGAACAUUGGCUAAAUGUACAUCAUACCGGCGUAUUCCUAUUUUGUAAUAUUUUCUCAAAAUCCUUUGAUUAAUGCCAGGCCAUUUUUAGGUAACGUUUUCCCAACUAGCACAUAAUGUUCUGAGAACCAUAUGUUUCUUAGAGCUUGGUGAGAGAGUAAUUGUCCUAUGUUUAUUUUGCAUACAACUUUUCCACAACUUUCUGGGAAUGGUGCAGGAUAGUUUGGAACAUUCUCAGCACUUUUAAGGAACUUCAAGGUACUUCAUUACUUUAACAGAAUGUUUCCUAAAAGUUCAAACAUGGUUACAUUUCAUUUCAAUUUUGGUCAUGUUCUAGGAAUGUUCUCCAACUGGUUUGACAUUGGGAAUGUUAAAAAAAAAUUCAACUUCGUUAAGAAACAACGUUCUUCGUUGGGAAUUUCAGUACUUCAGGCAUAACAUUUUCCUACAGGUUUCCUCCUGGUUCCAUUUAAAGUCAUGUUCUCAAAUUGUUCCGAGAACGUUAAAAAAACUUUUCAUAGAAACCACAAAACUUUUGUAAUGUUCAGAGAACGUUCUAGUAAUGUUAUUUAAUAACAUACAUUCCAUUCUCAGCAUCACCAAAAUUAUCUCUAUCCUCAAUCUUGUUAAGUGUGUUCAGGUGCGUUGCCUGCGCCCACUAAUUGGCCACACCUGGUCUUAAUGAGUGUUCGUUUCAAUUGAAAUGCGGUCUGUUUGAAUAAACUAAAAUGAACAGAUUUGUAAGUGUAAAAAAUAUGGCAUGCUAGCUCCAUCCUGGUGGUGUGGUGGACUAAUUCCAUGGAUAGAUUAUAGGUUCGAAUCUCACUGAUGCCGUGUCACAAUGAAAAAUAAAUGUGUUUGCAUGAUUAAUGCAUAAGGAAAUAUAUUUCCAUGUGUCCUAUCUGUGCAAGUAACCCACUUGUCAACUAUCGCAAAAUCAACAAAACAAUUCACAAUGUCAUUGGAUUUAGGUUCAAAGUUUGGUGGGGAAAAAAACGAAAUUCCCUUCUGUUGACUUUUUGAAAAUCCAAUUGGUUGAUUCAACAUCAUCACAUAGACAUUUUUUUUUAAAUGACUUGGAAACAUCAUUGAUUCAACAAGUUUCUGCCCAGUAGGAAAAGUCACAUCCAGUGAACGUUUUAAGGAAGUUAUUAAAAAACCUUGAAAUAACCUAGAAUUUCCAUUCUCAGAGCGUUAAAGAAACCCCAGGAAUACUUUCAAGGAACCAGAGUAAAACAUUCUCAGAACCUCCUGAAACCCCAAAAUAAACCUUCACUUCACUUCUGUUCUCGUAACGUUUACCGGUCAGGAAACGUAUGACUUAAUUCCCACAACCAAUGUGAAACCAAAAACAUACUUUACCACAACUUCCAAGGAACCACUAUUUCUGUAUUUCUUUUAUACCGACUUUUUUCAGCCCUGCAUCCCGCUAAAGGAUGUUCGUUUGAUUACACUUUUCUGUAGAGAGUGGUUGUUGUAUAGCGCCCACAGAGUCUAAUGUAGCAUGAAGAAGGAUGCUAACAAUUGAUGUGUUCUAUUGGUAUUGAAGACAUCUAUCUGUUGGCUAUUGUUGUUUAUUGAUAUCUAUUCAGCUACAGUAUAUGAAACUAACUGACAGUUUACUGGAAUAAGUAGAGGAACUACUUAAAGAUGCAUACAAACAGUAUAUUGUAACAUAUAUUUAUUUGACCUUUAGUAGUUUUAAAUAUUGUGUAUAGGGGGGAUUUGAAUACUUGUGGAUACACAGAUAGAGUAUCCAAAUGUAUCGUACUGUUCUGUCCCACUGGGCACCAACUGGUUGAAUCAACGUUGUUUCUACAACAUUUCCACAAAGAAAUGCAAUGUUUUUUCUUUUGAUGAUGUUGAAUCAAUGUAGAAGAUUAAUUGGAUUUGCAAAAACUCAUCAACGUACAGGAAUUUUGGAUUUUUUUUGUCAACCAACUUUUAACCUAAAUAAAAUGACAGUCUAAGCUGCAGAAGGGAUCACUGAUAGAUCAAGAUUUGAAAUGAGGGGAAGCAUGAGCUCCCCUUAAUGCAACAAAAGUCAAACUUUAAUUAAACCAUUCUCCUAUUUGUUUAAAAUGCAAUUUUGUACUGUUACAGUUGUACAUUUUUAAAUAAAAGCUUAAACGAAC